GCAAAUGAUGUCUGGCGAUUCUUUCUCUAUUCCUUCAUCCAUUCCAGGGUUUGCUCAUCAAGAACAGAAUGCAAACCCUAACCCUAAACCUAAUUCUUAUCAUGAGCCUAAGAAGAAGAGAAAUUUGCCUGGAACAUGUGAUCCAGAUGCUGAAGUUAUUGCUCUAUCUCCUAAGACUCUCAUGGCUACAAACCGAUUCAUAUGCGAAAUAUGCAAUAAAGGUUUCCAAAGAGACCAAAACUUGCAGCUUCAUCGGAGAGGUCACAAUCUUCCAUGGAAGCUAAAGCAAAGGACCAACAAGGAAGUCCGAAAGAAAGUCUAUCUAUGCCCGGAAAAGACCUGCGUUCACCAUGAUCCAUCAAGAGCUCUCGGCGAUCUCACAGGAAUAAAAAAGCAUUACAGCAGGAAACAUGGAGAGAAGAAAUGGAAGUGCGAGAAGUGUUUAAAGAAAUAUGCAGUUCAAUCUGAUUGGAAAGCUCACUCCAAGACUUGUGGAACUAGAGAAUAUAAAUGUGAUUGUGGGACUUUAUUUUCCAGGAAAGAUAGCUUUAUCACCCAUAGAGCUUUUUGUGAUGCCUUAGCUGAAGAAAGUGCAAGAAUCAAUUCAACUGCAGCAACCAAUCUAAAUUUCAGAAAUGAUACAGUUAAUUUGCCUCAUUAUGGAGUUCCAGGCCAUGGAGGUCAAGAUAUUUCUGGAAUUUCCCAACUCAGUUCAUCAGGUUUUAGACCAGAUUUCAGUGGCUUGCCUUCCCUAAGUGCUUAUCAACAAAAGACCGGAUUGUCCCUGUGGCUAAAUCAAGCAAUUUCUGAGAUCAGUCCUGCUGAUAAUGUGGCCAAUCAUUCUAAUGUUUAUGCAUCUUCAAGUUCAACUGGCUUGCCAGAGAUGAUGCAAAUAGGAUCAAAUCUUUAUGUUUCAUCAUCCACCGCCAAUUUUGGUAAUUUAACCUUAUCAGGUUUGCCUCAUGGACUAAAAGGAGGAGGAGGAGGUGGUAGUAACAUGGGGCCUGAUAAUAUGAUGGAUUCAUUGCCUUCUCUGUACUCCGAUAAUCAUCAAAAUAAGAAAUUGAAGCCAACUGCACCCAUGUCCGCCACUGCUCUUCUUCAAAAGGCAGCUCAAAUGGAUUCUAUAAGAAGUAAUCAAUCUUUCCUUGGAAGUAACAUUUAUGGACUAAUGAGCUCUUCUUCUUCAUCCAAUACAUCCAACCUCAACACUCUCAACCAUAACAGAAAUGAGCAGCUGCACCAGGUCUUCCAAAAUGUCAAUAAGCAACCUGCAGAGAGUAAUUUAGCGGUAACAAACAAUAGUGUAGCUACGGACGAUACUAUAAUGGUUGUAUCAAGUGGCCUUCAUCAGGUUGUGAUGCAAUAUACUGGAAAACAAAAUGAUCAACCAGUCCAAUUGAAGCUGUAACCAGGUUCAAGUUCUACAGAAAGUGGUUUAACAAGAGAUUUUCUUGGCAUGAGUGAUAAAUCUGGGCGUCCAGUUUUACUUUAAGAGUUAGCUAAAUUUGUUUCAAUGACCUCAGCUAUGGGUCUGAACCAACUCAAUAGCAAUUCUUGAUGAGGGCUGACGUUGGUUAUGCACCACAUUGUACCCAAAAGUUGAAUCCCACAAACAAGAGUCAAAUCCUGAGAUUGUUUGUUAUUUCUAUGAAACUAGAACCCGAGUAGGAGACUCGCUUGGGGGUGGAAUCGGUGGAGAGAAACCCAGAGCAAGGGAGGCUUAUGAAGGGUACAGUGGGUGGCCCAGUACAAUGAGCCAACUCGAAGUUUUGCAUGCUCUUGUCUGCUUGUUUUUAUAUUUUGCUGUGUUUCUUUAUAUUCCUCUUCUUGUUUUAUCUCAUGUCUUAGCUUUCGUUCCCAGAGCAAGGAAGGCUUGUGAAGUGUAUAGCUGGGAUACACCUAUAUUCUUCCUCGUGUCUUAUUAACUAGGAAGAAUAUAGAUGUAGGUGCUGCAUGCACCUUUAUAGCUAGACCCCUUAAUUUGUAGCAUUUGAUUAUAUGGCCUACGAGGGAAGGCUUGGCUAAUAAUUACCCUACGCAAUGUCAAAAGGGAACAAUAUAGUAUUUUUGUUUGAUGAUUUUUCUUAUUUAAAUUUAGUUCACUUGUGAACUUAAGAUAUAAAAUAUAUAAUAAAAUUCACUUAUUAAAUAUAUAA